AUGGGAGCGAGAGCAUUUAGUGCUCCUGGAAAGGCAUUUUUAGCAGGAGGGUACCUCGUUCUCGAUCCUAAAUACAUGGCCUAUGUUGUAGCAUUGUCUUCUCGGAUGCAUGCUGUCGUAAGACAACGAGGUAGCGAUACAAAAAGCAGUGUCUCUAACAUUGUGAUCACAUCUCCGCAGUUUAAAAAUGGUGAAUGGCUUUAUGAAAUAAGCCUGGACGGGUAUCAUUCAGUUAAAAAUGUUUGCGACUACAAUCCUUUCCUAGAGGCCACCAUUGCAACAUCUCUAGCAUACAUCCAGCCGGAAGUAAAUUUUAAUGUUGCGAUAACAAUCUUUUCAGAUCCUGGUUAUCACUCGCAGGCCAAUUGCGUCAAGCAUAUCUCUAAUAAUAAAAAUAGGUCUUUUUUGUAUCAUGAAGAGCCAAUUUUGAAAGUUGCCAAAACAGGUUUAGGAUCUUCUGCGGGAUUAGUCUCAGUUGUAACUGCCGCUUUGUUAGCACAUUUUAAUGUAAAAAUUGACGUCAACGUUGUACAUAAUUUAGCACAAAUAUCACACUGCAUUGCUCAAAGAAAGAUUGGCUCUGGUUUUGACGUCUGUGCAGCCGUAUAUGGGUCAAUUAUUUAUCGUCGCUUUGAAGUAUCUCAAAUAAGCGAACUUCUUACACGUCCUAGCGACGAAUUCCAAGAUAUAAGGAAAUAUAACUCGAAUUUGCAGAGAGUUGUUGAUCUGGAGUGGGAUUACGAACAUAUCAUAUGCGCUCUACCCUCAGGUAUUAGGUUACUUAUGGGUGAUAUCCAAGGUGGUUCAGAGACACCAAAAUUAGUUUCAAAAGUGUUGAAAUGGAAAAAUGAGAAUCAGAAGGAGAGCGAAGAGCUAUAUGGAAAAUUGGACAAAGCUAAUAAGGACUUCAUUGCUGUGUUAGACAGGAUUAAGCGAGCCUACCAAGAUCAUCCCCAGUAUCAUUCUGAGGCUCUCGAGUAUUUUAGCUCCCGAAGUAUUGACGAUAUUGAUGCAAAUAGUGCAACUUCAAAUCCUUCUAUGGUGGCGAUAAUUAAACUCAUUGAAGUAAUAGCGGAUAUUAGAAGAAAUCUAAAGCAGCUCACUCUCUCCUCAGGUGCAGAAAUAGAACCACAUCAACAGACUCUUUUACUAGACCAUUGUAAUACGUUGAAGGGAUGUCUAGGUGGCGUUGUUCCGGGAGCCGGUGGUUACGAUGCUAUAUGUUUACUAGUGAUCGAAGAUUCUGUCAAUGAUAUUAUUCGGAGCAGCUUUUCGGACGACCGCUUUCUGAAAGUGAAGUGGCUUGAUUUACAUGAAGUAGCCGAUGGUAUUGUGGAAGAAGAUGCUACAGAUUACGAAGGCUUACUCUAG